AUCAUUCUAUUGUUGCCUUUUGCAUUGUGAUUAUUUUAUAGUUGGGUAAAUGGCAUGCUUCUGAGACCACUAGCUCUCUUGUCUCGCAGUCAGGUGGCGAAUAAUAGCAGAAGAUACUUCUUUCAGUCUGCGCAACGCCGUUGCCUCCCUGCUCACGAGCGGGUCAUGGAUUCCAGCCUGACUUCUGCCCAGAUCCGCAAGAUCUUCGUUGACUUUUUUCUGGAGAAAUGUGACCACAUUUAUGUUCACUCGAGCUCCACCAUCCCGCACGAUGACCCUACACUAUUGUUUGCCAACGCCGGCAUGAACCAGUUUAAGCCACUUUUCCAGGGCACAGUAGACCCCAAGAGUGAUAUGGCCAAGUACCGUCGUGUUGUCAACAGUCAAAAGUGCAUCCGUGCAGGUGGAAAGCACAAUGAUUUGGACGACGUUGGAAAGGACACUUACCAUCACACUUUCUUUGAAAUGCUUGGUAACUGGUCUUUCGGUGACUUCUUCAAGAAAGAGGCCAUCGAAUGGGCCUGGUCCCUACUUGUAGAUGUGUACAAACUUCCUAAGGAACGAAUGUAUGUGACCUACUUUGAAGGUGGCAAUGGUGUUCCUGUCGAUGAUGAAGUGCGUCAGAUCUGGCUGGAUCUAGGGCUUCCUGAAGACCGCGUGUUGCCGUUUGGAAUGAAGGACAACUUCUGGGAGAUGGGUGAUACUGGCCCAUGUGGUCCAUGUACCGAGAUUCACUUUGACCGAAUUGGUGGUCGCAAUGCCGCCCACCUUGUCAACAUGGAUGAUCCCGAGGUUUUAGAAAUCUGGAACUUGGUCUUUACACAAUUCAACAGAGAGGAUGAUGGCUCGCUGCGGCCGCUGCCAAAGAAGAACUGUGACACUGGUAUGGGUCUGGAGCGUAUCGCAUCCGUUAUCCAGGGCAAGAUGUCCAACUAUGAUACAGAUCUCUUCAUGCCCAUCUUCGAUGCCGUUCAAAAGAUAACGGGCACACGCCCUUACUCUGGCUUGGUCGGUGAGGCUGACACAGAUGGUAUUGACAUGGCAUACCGUGUGCUCGCUGAUCAUGUGCGUACCCUUGUCAUUGCACUAAGUGAUGGUGGUCGACCGGAUUCUGUUGACAGAGGGUAUGUUCUGCGGCGUAUUCUGCGGCGUGGUGUUCGUUACGCCGCAGACAAGUUGAAUGCGCCACCUGGCACGUUUGCUAGCCUUGUCCCAAUUGUUUGUGAAUCACUGGGUGAGUUCUUCCCUGAAGUGAUGCGUGAUCCGCAAACGAUUAUGGAUAUCAUUAAUGAAGAGGAGACCCAAUUCUUGAAGACAUUGUCUCAUGGCCGUAGAAUGUUCAACCGUUCAGUGGCCAGCGUGGAUGGUGGAGUGAUUCCAGGUAACGUUGCUUUCCGUCUGUACGAUACGUAUGGCUUCCCCAUUGACUUGACUCGCCUCAUGGCCCAAGAAAGAGGUCUUGCCAUCGACGAAGAAGGCUUUCAAAAGGCCAAGAAGGAUAACCAGGAACUGUCCCGUGCCAAUCAGAAGGGAGCAGCUGAAGCAGUAGUGUUGGAUGUUCAUGCUGUUGCAGAGCUUGCACAGUCUGGUAUUCAAGCUACAGAUGACUCUCUCAAGUAUAACUACCGUGGUGAUGACAACGGAAACUACACUUUCGAGGGAUGCAUCGCUGAAAUCAAGGCAUUGCGUUGCAACAAGAGCUUUGUUGAGGAGAUCACGCCUGGUCAAGAAGCAAGCAUUAUCCUUGAUCAGACCUGCUUCUAUGCUGAGCAGGGAGGUCAACAGUUUGAUGCUGGAUUCAGCACUAAAACAGAUGAUGAGGACUGUGAGUUUGUGGUGGCAAACACGCAGGUAGUCAAUGGCUAUGUGUCACACAUUGGCAAGAUGGAGGGCACUCUGAAAGUUGGAGACAAAGUUCGACUGGCCAUUGAUGAGAAACGCCGCCGUCGCCUCAUGAACAAUCAUACUGCAACUCACUUGUUGAACUAUGGUCUGCGACAAGUUCUCGGUGAUGCCGACCAGAAGGGUAGCUCGGUCGCUCCGGACCGCUUGCGCUUUGACUUCACCGCCAAGAAGGCAAUGACACCUGAUCAGCUGAAACAGUGUGAGAAAAUUGUGCAGGAGAUGAUAGCAACUAAGAAGGGUGUCUUUGCCAAAGAAUCCCCUCUGGAUCAAGCCAAGGAAAUCCAAGGACUGCGCGCCGUAUUCGGUGAAGUGUACCCAAACCCAGUACGAGUUGUAUCUGUAGGAAUUGAGGUGGAACAGCUACUCAGUGACCCCUCCAGUCCUGCUGGCUCAGUCACAUCCAUUGAGUUCUGCGGUGGAACCCAUCUACAUGGAAUUGGGCACAUGGAUGCGUUUGCCAUUGUUACCGAGGAGGCCAUUGCCAAGGGUAUCCGCCGUAUUGUGGCAGUAACCAGCAAGGAGGCCCAUGGUGCAAUCAGCCGAGGACAAAUGCUGGAAAAGAAGGUGGAGGACUUGUGCGGUGAGAUUGCCGGCAAGAAGAACGAUCCUGACUUCAACUAUCUUGCUUACAGCAAGAAAAUCAAUGAGUUGAAGGAUGCACUCUCCGAGCAGGUCAUACAGACAUGGUUGAAGGAUGAGCUAAGGUCAAAGCUGCAAGUUUCGAAGAAAAUCACUGUGGACGCGGAGCGCGCAGUUGCCAAGAAGAAUGCUGCCAUGGUUAUUGAAGCGAUAAAGGAGAAACUCCCGGAGGCCAAUGGCAAGCUACUGGUUGUCUUGGUACCAUUCACCGGCGACGCUGUCAGCGAGGGUGUCAAGUACGCUAGGAAGGAUGCUGCUGCUCCCAACACCAUGGUGAUUGGUGUGAGCGACGGCAAUGUCACCUGUAGCUGUUUUGUCAACAAGGCUGGUAUAUCUCAGGGUUUGAAAGCCAGUGAGUGGGUCAAUGAACUGCAAGGCACUGUCGGUGGCAAGUGCGGUGGCAGCCCGCAGACUGCCAUGAUCAAUGGUGCUAGUACUAGCGAUGCCAAUGCUGUCGUGGAGUUGGCCCAACGCUUUGCCGAGCAGAAGCUUACAGCGUAGUAUAUUGUCACAGCGUGUACUUCUGAAUUCUGCCAGCUUCAUCAUGCACUGGAAGCACUUGCCUGCAUGCCUGCCUGCCUGCAUGCCUCAGACAAACCAUAGCAAGAACAAAACCCGUUCUUCUUCUUUCUCUAAUUAUUUUUUAUUCGUUGCGCAAUAAUAAAUAUCCGGGUACCUACAGAUCUUGAUUGCAUAGUGCUGAGGUUCAUUUGUACAGUUGUAGCUCGGCGCUAUUGCACUAUUGUACCAUUCUAUUAUGGUGCAGUGGUACUGCCGUCACCGUCACCGUUGCCACCAGGCUAGCUGCUCUCUAGCUUACUAGCUAAUUGUAUUCAUACAGUCACAUGACGUCAUACAACAGUAGUGUGCAGGCCCACAACAACUGUCUAACCACUCCCCCUCUAAUGCUGCUGCCAAUGCUGCCAAUGCUGCUGCUGACAAGCCAAUGCUGUAUUUUUGCUUGUCCUCGUUCUAAACAUUAUAUCUUUGGUUUCACCUCUUUUUGCACACAAGUAUUAGCUGCUGGCAAUGGCACCUGCCAUAGAAUACAGUUAUGAAUCUCCGUGUA